ACGCGUUCAAAACAACAGGGAGCUCGGUCCGUCUGAGCGUUCAAACAAUUGGGAACUAAAUCCAACUGGGGAAAAUCGAUUUGAACGUCCACCCCAACGCGGAAUUCCUAAUCGGGAACUCUGGCCUCUUUCUAGAGCUCCGACCUGAAAAUCACUGACUUCUUGAUUUGACCUCGUAUUUUUCCGAGUUCCUAAUUGUUUUGAAUGCGGCAUUAGUAUUGCUCAAUGCGCUAAGAACGGUAUGUGACGUCAUUAUAGAACUCUUGUGAACGGCGGGGUCGACUAUUCGAUAGAGUACGGUACUUUCAUAGUUACCACGUUAUAUUAGCGUGCGCUAAAGUUGUCGUAUAGCAUACUGACUUUACAUGUGUAUCUAAACCAACCUGUUUAUACGUUGUUUCCAUCAAGGUAAACUCAAAAAACAUGGCAGAAAGUGACUGGGAUACCGUGACCAUACUGAGGAAGAAGGGACCAACUGUCGCACAGUCGAAGUCGAAACAGGCUGUUGCAGCAGCUCAAAGACGUGGAGAAGAACUUGAUACCACUAAGAAAUGGGCUGCAGGACAAAACAAACAGCACGUGAUCACCAAGAAUACAGCAAAGCUUGACAGAGAGACUGAAGAGCUUCAACACCAAAGAGUAUCUCUGGAGGUGGGCAAGGUCAUCCAACAAGGCCGGCAAAAUCAGGGCCUGACGCAGAAAGACCUGGCCACUAAAAUCAAUGAAAAACCACAGAUAAUUGGAGACUACGAAUCUGGAAAGGCGAUCCCCAAUAACCAAGUCAUGGGAAAGAUUGAAAGAGCAAUUGGACUGAAGUUGCGUGGGAAGGACAUUGGGAAACCCUUGGAGGCAGUCCCAAAGAAAAAGUGAAGGCAAUGCCUUGAAGCAGCUUAGCCUACAGUACUACCACCACAGCUGACAGCCUUGUCAAUUCUCUGGAGCGCUAGCACAUCUUAACCAGUUUAUUUAAUUAACUUGGGCUGCUACUUUCUUUUACUGCCCUGAUUCCAGUAAUGAAUGUCAAGCUUGUGGGACCUGAUUUAAACAAUAUUGCAUAACUAAAUUCAAAUUUAUUGUGGUUUUGUUUUGCAUCUGGCUUUCAGCAAACCAUAAGAUAAUUGAUUUUACUGAAUGGUUUUAAUGUCUUCAAAACUAUAUUCUAUACUCCCUGAGGUCUGUCUCCAUGCUCGCUCUGUGGUCAUUCCCUUUCAACUAGACAUGGAUACGUUUGGCAUUUUGGCUCAAAUGUUUUAUUGAAGUGCAUGCUUUUCAAACAUUUAUGCAAGAAAGCUGCUUUCAUGGGCUGAUAUCUCCUGAAAAAGUGAUUUAUUCAAUCUCAAGGGCCUAAAAGUUAAACUAAAUAAUAUAAUAUGGAACCAUUGUGUCUUAAUCAUUCUACUUCGAUUGAUUUUUGGACACAAUAUUGCCAUAUACAGCUUCCGUCUUUGCUACUGCUUGUCUACCAGAUGCACAUUUGUUUUGUCGUAUGUUUUUUUUGCUGGAUGUGUAGCCUGCAUUUUCCGUACUAUAUGCACAUGUGCUUCGCACGGUUGCAGAAUGGUUUGCAACAUGGAGAUCAUUUUCGUCCUGGUCGACCAAAGCAAAUUAUUAUAACAGAUUAAAGUUAUUCUCCUAUUGACCUACUGGUUACAUAGGCUGGGUGAGAUACUAACAGACUGGUGUGCAUUACAACAAUUCAUUACUGAACAAAAAUAAACAUAACAUGAAAAAAAUGUAAGAUUUGACUGAGUUACACUUCAUAUGAGGAAAUCGAUCAAUUGAAGUAAAUUCAUUAAGCUCUAAUCUAUACAUUUCACAUGACUGGAACUACAGCAUCAGUUGUUCACAUACCUUUAAUAAAAUAAGUAGUGAUGUGGAACAGAACUAGUCAGUAUCUGGUGUGACCACCAUUUGCCUCAUGUAGCACGACACAUCUUUGCAUACUGUAGAUUGUGGCCUGUGGAACAUUAUCCCACUCUUCAAUGGCUGUGUGGAGUUGCAGGAAUUGGAACACACUGUCGUACACAUCAAUCCAGAGCAUCCCAAACAAGCUCAAUGGGUGACAUUUCUGGAGAGUAUGCAGACCAUGGAAGAACUGGGAUGUUUUCAGCUUCCAGAAAUUGUGUACAGAUCCUUGCGCCAUGCAUUAUAAUGCUGAAACAUGAGGUGAUGGCACGACAAUGGGCCUCAGGAUCUCGUCACGGUGUAUCUGUGCAUUAAGUUGCCAUCGAUAAAAUGCAAUUGCGUUUGCUGUCAGUUUAUGCCUGCUCAUACCCCACAGCCGCCAUGAGGCAUUCUGUUCACAUUGACAACGGCAUACCGUUCUCAUACAACGUGGUCUGCGGGUGUGAGGCCGGUUGGACGUACUGCCAAACUCUAAAACAACGAUGGAGGUGACUUAUGGUAGAGAUUAACAUUACAUUCUCUGGCAACAGGUCUGGUGGACAUUCCUGCAGUCAGCAUGCUAAUUGCACACUCCAUCAAAACUUCAGCCAUCUAACAGGGAUGUAAACAAAUUUGUGCACAACAUUUGAGAUACUAUUGUGCGUAUUGGAAUGUUUCCAUUAUUUUUUAUUUCAGCUCAUGAAACAUGUGACCAACACUUCAAAUGUGUUUAUAUUUUUGUUCAGUAUAGUUUUCUUGUCUGUCUCAAUCUCUAGCAACAUCAAUACAUUUAACUGGUUUUCGGUUUUCAUAUAGAGUACGGAUUUCAAUUCACUUGCUUGCCCAGCAUGAUGGCAUGCUAAAUUACACAAGUCCUUCAGCCGGUGUCUUCUUGUCUCUAACUACAAUAGUCAUAAUUUUAGCCUCUAUGGUGACUCUUCCCCAUAGGGAACUUUUAUGAACUUCUGUUUGUACCACCGCACGGUAAUACAACGUACGAGUUGAAAAUAUUGAACUCGUGGUACGCACCGGAGCCUAGUGCUGGAUCCCAAAUUUUGCGUUGCGGACUGCUCCAUUGACAAUGAAUGACUUCCGCCGGAACCCAGAGUUUGACACUUCUGAUGAAACUUAAGCGUCGAGUUAACUCGCAGCAGCGACAAAUACAUCUCGGCUCAGCCAUGUCUGAUGAAUUUGUGCUGUAAAACCUGCGCCAAUAUUGCAAAUCACUACGGAAUCGCACUGAACAAACCCAGUUGAUAGACGUAUGUGUAUUUUUUUUAAGGAAGCUGGAUCGCUAACAAUGACUGUUACGUUAGCAACAAGCUAGCUAACGUUAUCUAUAUCCACAAGUACGUGUAGUCAACGUUUUACACGGUUGGGUGUCACAACAGUAUGGUUGGUGACGGUGUCAUUUACUAGCUACUGCCAACCAGAAAAUCUAUCUAGCUAGCUAACGAUAGCUAGCUGCUUAAUCUGUCGCUCAACCCGACCCGUUUUCUUCGAGAACUACGACAACGCUACCCCAGCACUGCCCAUCCAGGCAGUCAGUGUUAACAAAACAAGAGAUUGGAGCGAUGACGCCAACAUCAUGUCUGAGAGAUAUCCUUUAGUCGAGAAAGCCCUCUCGGAGGGUUAUGCUCGGUUUAGGUUCAAGGACACGUCGCUGCUAAUUUGGCAACAGCAGCAAAUGGAGCUGGAACAGGGACCACCGAGUAACUACCUCAGUCGGAGUCAAAGUACGUGGUACAGUCAGUAUGGAAACCAGGCAGUCGUGGUACGGGACAAACGGACUGUCACAGUGGAUCCAAUUGCUGACGCUGGAAGUUCCAGAAUAUGUUUGAUUAUGUGACAGUUAUAGUGACACAUUUAUUCAUAUGCCCUACGCUUCCAUAUUUGUAAACUGUGCAAAAAUAUAUGGUGCAGACUGAAGUUGAUUAUUUGUGUCCUGAAAGACGUCUGCCAGAAACAUGUCAUGACCAUUCACUGGCCGACUAUGUGGUGGUCAAAGUAAGCCUGUGCAUGUACAUUGGGGUAUGGCAGUGUUAGCUAAGGCUUACAUUGGGGCAGCAGGUGUCUUAGUGGUUAGGGCGUUGGACAUGUAACCGAAAGGUUACAAGAUCGAAUCUCCGAGCUGACAAGGUAAAACAUGUCUUUUUACCCCUGAACAAGGCAGUUAACUCACUGUUCUUAGGCCAUAAUUGAAAAUAAGAAUUUGACUUGCCUAGUUAAAUGUAAAAAAAUAAAUGAUAGUUUAUAGCAUACUGCAUUUCAAUGCAGUAUUGUCAAUAUAUGCGCUUGUCUCUCACAAACACUUGUAACAAGACAAUUGUUGCAACAGCAAGUGGAGGUUAUGUGCAUUGUCCUGUGAAAUAGAAGUCUGCACUUUCAAUUCAAUUUCUGUCUGUUACAUACCACAAACCUUUAACAUAGCUAAUGCCCCUGCCAGCUUUAACAGCUGUUAUGUGGAUAGUAUACAAAGACUCCAGGAGCUCACAAUUGUAUGUUUGUAGUUUAAUUAAAACAAAGGAACUCAGAAAAUAAGGGAUCCCAUGUAAAUAAUUACAUAAAUAUUCACUUUGUUUGCCCUGCAUCCCCAUAUAAUUUCACCCUUAAAACAACAUGAAUCUUACAUUUCUCAAAGACAUGUCUACAGAAGUUACUAUACUGUGCUACAAAAUAUUUAAGAAAGUUGCAGCAGGAGGGUAUGCAAAAUACAUACAAUUGUUUUGAAAUAAAAAUUACCUAUGACCAAGAACUAAAAGGAACAAAUCAGUGAAGCUGGUGAAAACCCUUUAGAAAGUAUUCAAACCCCUACUUUUGCCACAUUUUGUUAUAAAGGGGUAUUCAAAUUAAUAUAAUUUUCUGUCAACGAUCUACACGUGUCAAAGUGGAUUUUUUGUAAAAAAAAUCAGAAAAGAAAUCAAACUCUUGAUUAGGUAAAUAUUCAACCCCUGAGUAAAUACAUGUUAUACUGAACAAAAAUAAAUGCAACAUAUGUCUAAACCUGUUUUCUCUUCAUCAUGGGGUAUUGUGUGUAGAUUAGAGUAAAAAAUUAUAUUUAAUCCAUUUUAGAAUAUGGCUAACGUAACAAAAUGUGGAAAAAGUCAAGGGGUUUGAAUUUUUCCCGAAGGCACGGUAACAUGGUCAGUUCCAAUACCAUAAUGCUCUGGCUCCAACGGGACUGUGGAAACAUGGCUCUCGGUCAAGAUACCCCCCAUGGCUAUCCAACUUGAUGGAGUCUCCAUUCACUGCGCAGACAGGACAGUGGAGUUAAGGAAAUCGAGGGGGGAGGGGUUUGCCUCUACAUCAACUGGUGUGCUAACUCCAGUGCGAUGGAAGUGCCGACCCACUAUUCCCUCGUCUUGGAAUACCUGAUCGUCAAAUGCCAACCCUUCUACCUCCCGAGGGAGUUUUGUGACUGUUGUAUACAUUCCACCCCAGGACAAGAAAAAUAACACGCUGGCACUUAACGAACUGUACAAGACUAUAAACAAGCAAGAAAACCUAAAUCGAGGCUGCUUAUCUGGUUACCGGCGAUUUUAAUUCCCAGUCACUAAGACACGUGAUGCCCAACUUCCAUCAACACGUCUCCAACGCCACAAGGGGCAAUAAAGUCCGAGAUCACUGUUAUUCUACCAGCAAGCAAGCAUACAAGCCCCUCCCUCGUCUGCCAUUUGGUAAAUGACUCCGUAGUCCUGCUUCCUGAUGACAAGCAGAAACUCAAAACAGGAAGUACCUGUGACUCGCUCUAUUGAGAAAUGGUCACCAGAAUCAGAGAUGCUACAGGACUCCUUUGCCACCACUGACUGGAAUAUGUUUCGAGACUCUGCCGAUAACAUUGAAGAGUUAACACACCUCCGUCAUUGGCUUUUUUGAAAAUACAUCAGCAACAUCCCCACUGUGAGGGUUCGCUGCUUCCCCAAUCAAAAGCCCUGGAUUAAUACAGAGAUUAGUUUAGUGUCAGAGGACAGGGCUACCGCACACUGAGCUAACGUAGACAACCCUGUCUAUGGCUGAGGACAGGAAUAAGUACAAGAAGUCCCGCUAUGACCUGGGUCAUGGCAGUCAUCAAACAAGCAAAUGGACAAUAUAGGAAUAAGGUGGAAUCAUAUUACAUAGGCCAGAAACCGUCUCAGAGAUUAAGGUGAGGGACAAAUACCAAACAACUCUAUAGCGGAGAGAGGGGACAAGAGAAGUUAAUAGGAUGGGAGGCCACAGAUGAAUCCCUGUUUCAACUGUACCGAGCAGACAGUGUGUAUUGCGGCGUGUGGGCGAGCGGUUUGCUGAUGUCACCGUUCUUCCAUGGCCUACACUCAGAAAUGUCACCCAUUGAGCAUGUUUGGGAUGCUCUGGAUCGACGUGUUCGACAGCGUGUUCCAGUUCCUGCCAAUAUCCAUUAACUUCACACAGCCAUUGAAGAAGAGUGUGACAACAUUACACAGGCCAAUCAGCAGCCUGAUCAACUCUAUGCGAAGGACAUGUCGUGCUGCAUGAGGCAAAUGGUCACACCAGAUACUGACUGUUUUUCUGAUCCACGCUCUUACCUUUUAAAAAUAAAAAGUAUCUGUGACCAAUGCAUCUGCAUAUCUGUAUUCCCAGUCAUGUGAAAUCCAUAGAUUAGGGCAUAAUGAAUUUAUUUCAAUAGACUGUUGCCUUUAUAGGAACUAACUAGGUCAAAUCUUUGAAAUUGUUAAAUUUUUAUAUUUUUGUUCAGUGUAGAAUCACCUUUGGCAGUGAUUACAGCUGAGAUUUUCCUGGGUAAGUCUAUUAGCUUUGGACACCUGGAUUGUACAAUAUUUGCUCAUUCUUAAAAAAAAAAAAUCUAACUCUGUCAAGUUACUUGUUGAUCAUUGCUAGACAGCAAUUCAAGUUUUGCAAUAGAUUUUCAAGACAAUUUAAAUCUAAACUGUAACUAGAACUUUCAAUGUCGUCUUCGUAAGCAACUCCAGAGUAUAUUUGGUCUUGUGUUUUAGGUUAUCCUGCUGAAAUGUGAAUAUCUCCCAGUGUCUGUUGGAAAGCAGACUGAAACCAGGUUUUCCUCUAAGAUUUUGCCUGCGCUUAGCUCUAUUCAGUGUCUUUUUAGCCUAAAAAAAACUCCCUAGUCCUUGCCGAUGACAAGCAUACCCAAAACAUGAUGCAGCCACCACCAUGCUUGAUAGUGAUACCCACUGAUGUGUUGUUGAAUUUGCCCCAAAUUAUGUGCAGUUUUACUUUAGUGGUUUAUUUAAAACAGGAUGCAUGUUUUGGAGUAUUUUUAUUCUGUACAGGCUUCCUUCUUUUCACUGUCAUUCAGGUUAGUAUUGUGGAGAAACUACAAUGUUGUUAAUCCAUCCUCAGUUUUCUCCUAUCACAACCAUUAAACGGUAUAACUGUUUUAAAGUCACCAUUGGCCUCAUGGUGAAAUCCCUGAGCGGUUUCCUUCCUCUCUGACAACUGACUUAGGAAGUACGCCCGUAACUUUGUAGUGACUGGGUGUAUCCAUACACCAUCCAGUGUAAUUAAUAACUUCACCAUGCUCAAAAGGGAUAUUCAGUGUCUGCUUCUUCCAAUAGGUGCCAUUCUUUGCGAGGCAUUGGAAAACCUCCCUAGUCUUUGUGUUUGAAUCUGUUUGACAUUUACCGAGGGAUGUCAUUCAAAAAUCUUGUUAAGCACAUUUUUACUUCUGAACUGAUUUAGGCUUCCCAUAACAAAAUGGAUUGAAUACUUAUUGACUCAAGACAUUUCAGUUUAUUUAAUUAAUUUGUAAAAACAUAAUUCAACAUUGACAUUAUGGGGUAUUGUGUGUAGACCAGUGACAAUCUCAAUUUAAUCCAUUUUAAUUUCAGGCUGUAACACAAAAUGUGGAAAAAGUCAAGGGGUGUGAAUACUUCCUGAAGGUACUGUAUAUACUUGUCUCAACUCGUAUGACAUCACUCAGGCACACCAAGCUGUUUUUAAAUGUUUUAAUGUAAGAGGUUGUCUGUGUUAAUGAGAAUUUAGCUGUUAAAAGUAAAAAAUAUCACCACUACUAGCAACUAAUUUAAUGAUCUCAGAUUCAUGAAUUGCCAUUGUAAAUGAUCUCUAACCGAUCGCAAAUACAUUUACCACCUCACAUACAUAAUAGUAAAAACCCAGUCAUAGCAGGUGUAUUUGUAAAAGGGUAAACAAGCAGUUUGAAUACAUUAUUCUGAAUUUGGACUACAUUGUUUAUUAGGACACUUAACAAAAAUUUAAACGCAACAUGUGAAGUGUUGGUCCCAUGUUUCAUGAGCUGAAAUAAAAGAUGCACAAAAAGCUUACUUCUCUCAAAUUUGUUUAGAUCCUUGUUAGUGGGCAUUUUUCAUUUGCCAAGAUAAUCCAUCCCCCUGACAGAUGUGGCAUAUUAAGAAGCUGAUUAAACAGCACGAUCAGUACACAGGUGCACCUUGUGCCGGGGGCAAUAAAACAUCAGGUCUAAAAUGUGCAGUUUUGCCACACCACAGAUGUCUCAAGUUGAGAGAGCGUGCAAUUGGCCUGCUGACUGCAGGAAUGCCCACCAGAGCUGUUACCAGAGAAUGUAAUGUUAAUUUCUCUACCAAUGUCGUUUUAGAGAAUUUGGCAGUACGUCCAACCGGCCUCACAACCUCCGACCACGAGGAACCACGUCCAGCCCAGGACCUCUACAUCAGGCUUCUUCAGCUGUGUGAUCCUCCAGCCUGCUUGAUGAAAAUGUGGGUUUGCACAACCGAAAGAAUUUCGUCAGAACGUAUAAGGGAUGCUCAUCUGCGUGCUCAACGUCCUCAUCAGGGUCUUGACCUGACUGCAGUUUGGCGUCGUAUCAGACUUCAGUGGGCAAAUGCUCCCCUUAGGAUGGCCACUGGCAUGCUGCCGUUCAUCCCCGCCAUCACCUCAUGUUUCAUCAUGAUAAUGCACUGCCCCAUUUUGCAAGGAUCUGCACACAAUUCCUUCAAAGCUGAACAUGUCCCAGUUCUUCCAUACCCUGCAAAAUCACCAGACAUGUCACCCAUUGAGCAGGCCACAAUUAGCAGCCUAAUCAACUCUAUUCGAAGGAGAUGUUUCGCACUGCAAAUGGCGAACUGACUGGUUUUCUGAUCCACGCCCCUACCUUUAAAGGUAUCUGUGACCAACCGAUGCAUAUUGGUAUUCUCAUUCAUUUAUAUGAACUUUAACUCAGUAAAAUCGUUGAAAUUGUU